GAUCGUCCAGAAUGUGCACAUGGCAUGGCCAGAUGGUACAUAUGGAGAGGCGUCGUCUACCCUUCGUGCCGUUCGACGCUUCCAGACGGCCCCUGGGUCUCGUUGAAGCACCAGAGUUACUAUCCGCAGACGCGUGAUCCCGCCAGCGUCCCCAUUCCACGUCGCUGCAGAGGCGCUCAAGGAAUCAACACCGGUAUUUGCUGCGUAGCUAGCACCAUUGCACCGCUUGCAACAAGAGUAUCAUAUUGCCUUUGGGGGCCGACCGGGCGACCAGCUUGCGCACGACUGCGUCCACGUAGAGGCAGCGCACAGAUCCAGCGUGUGUACUUAAAAGAGCCGAACACUAGCGGGAUGUACGUCGUCGAGGACGAUCCGGAUGACUGGUACACCAUCCUCAAGUGGAAGACGGCGGAGAACUUCUAUGUGGUGGGACUGGCAAUGAUGUAUUACGAUUGGAUCUUGAACUUGCCGAGCGAGAUUGAUUUUGUAUGGCGGCGACGCAUGUCUUUGGCGUCGGUACUAUACCUCUUGCUUCGGUACAUGUCUCUCGCCAUGAUCUUACUCCACGCACUUUGGGGAUAUAACGUACCAAUGACCGAUGAGGUAAGCUUGAGGAUCAACAUCGCUGUCUACUACCUGAUCUCAUUUUGCAUUCCGUGCAUACAAGGGAUCAUGCUCAUGCGCGUCUGCGCCAUCUACGGGCCGUCUAGAUAUGUGCACAAGAUCCUCAAGAUCGGGUUUGUGAUCGAGCAGGUAGCGAUCCAGUCCAUGACUUUUGCGACAUACCGAUAUGGGCCUGGCACUCACGGUAUCGAGUCGAGAUUUUACAGCUGGUCGAACUGCAACACAGAGAUUGCGCUGCAGGACACACUGUUCGCGCCAUGGUACUUCGUGCAGCUCACGUUUGAGCUGAUGAUGCUCUCGGUCUCGCUAUUCUGCCUCUACCGCCAUGCGUGCGAGGUGCGCGCUCGCUAUCGGCGGUGGGACUGGAACGAUCUCUUCAUGACGAUGAUUCGAGAUCAUACGCUGUAUUUCGUCAUGUAUGUCGUCUGGGGGACGAUGAACGGUACCUCCAACCUCAGCGAUUCCGUAGCUCCAUUCAUCCGGGAAGAGUUGUACAACGGGUUCAACUUUCUGCUCGGGUACAUCCAGCAGUACAUCCUCGUGCCGCACCUCGUCCUUGACAUGCGCAAGCGGUGCAGCGUCCUGGGUGAUGAGGACGUCUCACUGAAUGAUGUCAGCCUCGGUUCGGUCAAGUUCACACCACCGCGACUGUCACUGGCGACUAUGGCGAUGACGUCGACGAGCACGAGGAAUGGUCAUCAGACUACUGAUACAUAA